AUGGAACGUCAACUGGCCGGCGACAGUUGUCUGCAGAUGUGUACCCCGGGUGCCGUAUCGCGUUCAUAUUGUAUGAGGUCCCAAAUCGCCAACCCGCACGUUUCCCUGAGAAAGGCAUGUAUUUACUUUCGUUCUCAUGUUAACCCCCCUCUCUAUCUUUACACACUAACAGUUUAUUCUCACUCUAAUCUCCGACACUCUUCAUUUCCACUCUCUCUAAUAUAUCACUCAUUUUCUUGUCUCCAAAUCUCUCUUUACUCUCUUUCUAUCGGCUUGUAUUGUUUAUUCGCUUAUAUCUCGCUAAUUUCCCUCACUAUAUACACUUACUCUCUUUACUCUCCCCCUCUUCCUAGUUUUUUAUUGCCUAGUCAUUCUUCUUUCUUUCUUUAUUCUAUUGUAACUCUCUCUUUAAAACCUUUCUCUGCCUCUUUUUCUUUAUCUUUUCAUUGCCAACUCGCUUCUCACUUUUCUGUUUUUAUUUUUCUUCUCUUUCUUUCUGUUUCUUUCUCUUUUUCUGUGUUUUCUUUCUUCUCUCUUUUGUCGCUUAACAGUCUCCUUCACUGUCUAUUAGCCUCUCUAUUUACUCACUCUUUUCUUUCUCCCCCCCUCUCUCUCUCUCUCUCUCAUUCCUCUCUCUGUAGUUCUUCAUUGUCCCGUCUCUACAUCGAUUUCUCUCUCUCCCUCAAUCCCUCCCUCCCUCACGUUCUCUCUCUCUCUACUCAUUCUCCUUAUACUCAUUAUCGUCUCUCUUUAAUUUAUUUUCUCUCUCUUUACUCUAUCACCCAUGUUUUCUCUCUUUUCAUUGUCUACUCCCCACCUCCUCAUUUCUUGCUUUUUUAUUGCCUACAUGUCUCUCUCUUUACUCAUUCUAGUUUCUCUCUCUCUCUCUGUACUUCUUUAUCUACUCUACUCUUUUUCUCUUUACUCUCUUUCUCUCACGUCCCUCUAAUUAGUUACCUAUCUUCUCUCUCUCUCUUUCUCUCUCAUUGGCCCCCCUCUCUCUCCUUUUUGUCUACUGACUCUUUAGUUACUUAUUUCUCUUUCUUCAGCUCUUCAUUAUUGACUUUCUUUACUCACUCUCUCUCUCCUCCCUCUUUAAUUUAUUACCUCUCCUUAAUCUCCUUUGUCUUCCUCUCCCGUUAUAUCUCUUUUCAGUAUCUACUCCUCUCUUCCUUUUUCUCUCUUUAUUACCUCUUGUCUCUCUUUCUCUAUCUGUUUAUCUCACACUCUGUUUCUAGCUCUUCAGUGUCUCUUCUCCUUUCCUCUCUUUAUUCACUCUUGUCUCCCUUUCUCUAUAAGAUUACAUAUGCGAGUUGCUUCUUUCGCGCCACAAGUAGAGACUCGCUGUCUGCUGCUUGCCUCUUUCAUCCAUCCAAAUAG